GUUCGCACGGGGACCUGAGGUGCCGCCUUCACCUCCUCCUCUUCCUCCUCCCCGCUCCUGCCCGGCCGGCUGGCAGCGUGCGGCUGGACGGGGACCUGCGCCGGGAGCCGGGCGGCAGAGCCGGCGGCGCGGGGCCGGGAGCAUGGCUUGGGGCGAGCUCAGCCUCUUCCGCUGGCUGCGGGAGAGCCGGCAGUCCAGAAAACUGAUCCUGCUCAUCGUGUUCAUCGCCUUGCUGCUGGACAACAUGCUGCUUACGGUAGUCGUGCCAAUAAUUCCCAGUUACCUUUACAGCAUCAAACAUGAGAAAAAUGCCACAGAAAUCCAGACUACUAAGCCAACUGUAGUCUCAACAGUGAUGGACAAUUUUCAGAGCAUCUUCUCCUACUACGACAAUUCAACGAUGGUUACUGGAAACGAAUCUGAUAAGACACGACCCAGAGAGCUGCAUCAUACUCAGACCGAACAAAUGAUAGUAAAUGUGACUGCUUCCCCAUCUGACUGCCCUAAGGAAGAUAAGGACCUGCUGAAUGAAAAUGUUCAAGUCGGUCUCCUGUUUGCUUCAAAAGCAACAGUGCAGCUAAUCACUAACCCCUUCAUAGGGCCACUGACAAACAGAAUAGGCUACCAGAUUCCACUGUUUGCUGGCUUCUGCAUCAUGUUUGUGUCAACAAUCAUGUUUGCUUUCUCCGGAAGCUACAUGUUAUUGUUUAUUGCCAGAUCCCUUCAAGGAGUUGGUUCCUCUUGUUCUUCUGUGGCAGGGAUGGGUAUGCUCGCCAGCGUAUAUACAGAUGAUGAAGAGAGAGGCAACGCAAUGGGAAUUGCACUAGGAGGCCUUGCUAUGGGAGUAUUAGUGGGCCCACCUUUUGGGAGCAUCAUGUAUGAGUUUGUGGGGAAGAGCUCUCCUUUCCUGGUGCUGGCAGCACUAGCUCUGUUAGAUGGAGCUGUUCAGUUAUUUGUUCUGCAGCCAUCCAGAGCACAAGCAGAAAGUCAGAAGGGGACACCGUUACUGACGCUUUUGAAGGACCCGUAUAUCAUUAUUGCAGCAGGAUCCAUCUGCUUUGCAAACAUGGCUAUUGCUAUGCUCGAACCAGCUUUACCCAUCUGGAUGAUGGAGACCAUGUGUUCAAAAAAAUGGCAGCUUGGCGUUGCUUUUCUUCCAGCUAGUAUCUCUUAUCUCAUUGGGACUAAUCUGUUUGGGAUACUUGCGCACAAAAUGGGAAGGUGGCUUUGUGCUUUACUUGGGAUGCUAAUCGUGGGAAUAAGUAUCUUAUGUGUACCAUUCGCUAAAAACAUUUACGGGCUCAUAGCACCGAAUUUUGGAGUUGGAUUUGCAAUUGGAAUGGUGGACUCCUCCAUGAUGCCAAUUAUGGGCUACCUUGUAGAUCUGCGUCAUGUGUCAGUCUAUGGCAGUGUGUACGCAAUAGCUGAUGUUGCCUUUUGCAUGGGCUUUGCCAUAGGUCCCUCUGCUGGUGGUGCCAUUGCAAAGGCCAUUGGAUUUCCAUGGCUGAUGACAAUUAUAGGGAUUGUGGACAUCCUCUUCGCUCCUCUGUGCUUUUUCCUUCGAAGUCCACCUGCCAAAGAGGAGAAAAUGGCAAUACUCAUGGAUCACAACUGUCCUGUGAAGACAAAAAUGUACACGCAGAACAUCCAGUCCUACCCCAUAGGGGAUGAGGAGGAAGAAUAUGGAAGUGAUUAAUAACAUGAAAAGCCAUAUAAUGGUUUUUUUGGUGUACAAAAUGCAGUGUUUCAUGUGAAACAUCCCAUCCAGAAAUAGGUUUGAGUUGUCCUGUACAUUUAAUAGUGAAACUGUCAAAAAACCAAAGGUAUAUUGUUCAUCGCCCAUGGUUAUAAAGCAGACUGCUAACCGCCUUAAGGGGGGUGGGGAGGAACGCUUUUAUAGAGGAUUUGUAUAGUGUUAAUCUUUGUGUAUUUAAUUUUAUUGAAUAUUACACUAUAUUUUUGAUUAAAUGUGUAGCAUACAUCUCUCUAAACAUGUGAAUUUUAACUAUUUCGUUUUUAAAGUCAACACAUCAACACACCUAUUUCAUAGUUUGUUCGGAGUCAUAAGUUACUGGCAAGAGCUUGGGUCUUUAUCUAAUUGAAGAAAAAAAAAGCAAAGCUCAAAGAAAACCUAUCCUAUUUGCAUCCUUUUAAAUUGUACCCUUGUAAGUACCUUGACAGGAGCUGACGGCUGAAAUUCAGACUGUGGCAUUUGAUCAACUUCAGAUCAUCGAUUAGUAAAACAAAAGGCACAACUUCAGAAGUGAGCCCUGCCUCAACCACUCAUGGGACGUUGGGGAAAACAGUAUUUUAAACAGAUGAGUGCGUUGCUGUUAGUCAGUACUAGUUAAUGAAGUUGUGUAACAUGGAGCUCCCAAACAAUCACACAACACUGGGUAAACAAGUAGGUAUGAACAUGCACUGUUCCUGUCCCUUAAAGGGAAUAAGAACAGCAUGAAAACACUUUUUAUAUUUCUAUCUUUUUAAUCUUUUAUUUUUAAUAUAUAUCAACUUUAUUUUAGAUACAUCUUAAGUGACUGGUUAAGAAAAGUUACAGUAUCACAGUGUCUAGUCUUUGCCUGUACUGAAAGUAAGCCGAUAACUUAAGCAGGUCAAACAAACAAAAGAAUACUUUCCAUGCUAAAAUAUCAACAUUGCUACCAAUAAUGAAAAAAGAGACCAGUUUGUUGCGAAUAUCUCAACAUUUGGAGGCACAGCCUGCUACAGAAAAUGUCCCUAGGCAGUGCCUAUGUUCACUGAGGGGAAAAAACCAGACUUUUAAAGAAAGUGUUUUAAAAUAAUCCCAAUGUCCUUAUCAACCGUGGUGUAUCUUUUCAUUUGUAAAAUUAAAAUCUUUAUGUGCCUUCUUUCAUGUAAUUGCAGAUGUUUUAUGUACUACAGCAUAGAUACUAUGUUUACAUAUAGUUUUGUAAAGUGUAUAUACUAUGGUCAGAAGAUAUGAAAAAUAUAGUAGAUCAAACUUCAAGUAUUGCUUUGUCAAUAAUUAUGCAUUCAGACCACAUUAAAAGAAAGUUAUCUAAAAGGUCAUGAUCUAUUGUGAUAAAGUAAAAAUAAUAAAGACUCGCCCUCAUGA